CAGGCAGUAUGGGGAAUACACUGAGUGUCCCAGAGGAAGCUGAAGAAGACAAUACCUGCACAAUAAAGAGCUACCAGGCUAUUUCUGAACCUCCUGCCAAUAUUAAAAAUGGAUCUGUUGCUGUUGUUCAGGCUACUUCUACAAUGAACGGUGAUGUGGAUGCAAGGGCAAGUGUUGCACAGGAUAAUGUGGCUGUUUCUUCCCUGAAGACAAUGGAGAUAAGCUCUGUUUCUGAUGCAGGCGGAAAGAAUCCGGGGAACAAUGCCAAGAAACCCCUGCCAUCUGCUAAAUCUCGUUCUGUCUUUGCGUUUUCAUGGCCUGUACCAGGGCGUACUGAAAAUCAAGCUACAGAUUCAUCAGUUGGAUCAGCUAAACUCGAUGUCAGCUCAGAGACGCCUGAAGUGAACAAAGCACUAAGUCAAAGUGUGGAGUCUCCCGCAGCAGCUGCACUGGAGCAAUGCUCACAUAAAAACCUGACCCAGGCCCCUCCUGCAGCAUUGCUUAGUGAAGUCGAACUCACAGCACCGGAGACACCUGAAGGAGAGGAUGCAGCUGUUCCAGAGCCAAAACAAGUAACCUUUUUUGACAGAAUCUUCAAACUGGAGAAGAAAAAGGAGAGGAGUAAAACACAAAUUGAUACCCAAGAGGAAAGGCAGGCUUCAGACACUCCUGACGGAAGCAUCCCAGCAAAAGAGGCUGUUGGAUUACAGAGCACGUCAAGCAGUGUCCCACAGGGGAAGGAGAUAGAUGACUGCAACCAAAAAGACAUACGGGAGGACUCAGCAGGUGUCAACUGUGCCACCACUGAGCAACCUACAAAGGCAGAGGUAAAACAAGAGAACUCUCAAGCAGUUGUUGCAGCAGACAAAGAUAAUUCUGUCAUGAGUUUCCUUAAAACACUGGUCUCCCCAGGCAAAGCUGAUGCCAAAAGUGAUUCUGAAGACAAGGGAUCGAAAGUGGAAAAAGGCCAUGGUGGGCAACCUGCUCCGCAGACUGCUGCUGAAUCGCAAAUGAAAGGAACCAAGAAAAAGAAGUCAGAGAGUCCCAAGUUAGGACACAGUACAUUUAGCAAACUCUUUAGGCAUAAGGUUGCAAAAGAGGCUCAACAGACUACUAAUACCAAAAGCACCGAGCAGCAGCCUGUUACCUCUCUAAAAUCAGAAAAAAAUGCUCCACCUUCUCAAGAGCCUCAAACAACUAAGCACAACACAAAAGCCCCUGAACCUGCAGCCCAGCAGCAGGCAGCGGCAGCAGCUACUGAAGUACCCAAAGAGAUGGCUAAGGAGAAAGCAUCAUCUGCUCCCAUGCCUCUGAGCAAACUCUUUCGGAAAAAGAACCCAUCGGAUGAAGCAGAAAUUGUAAGCAAUGAAAAAGCAGACACGUCUUUAGAAGCAGUGGCUCCUGAUAAAGAUGACAGUAAAAACCCAGAAGCUUCAGAACUGAAACCUAGAAGAGAAGAAAUUAAAACCCCCAAAGCAAACCUGAGGAAAUUUUUUAAACUGUCAGUCAAGGGUGAUGGAGGGACAACCAAAUCAGAAGAGGUAAAUGGUCCAAACCCCAAUCACCAAACAUCAAACUCCACAGAGAGGCCAGUUGCCCCAGCUGAAAGUGAACCUGUGGGCCAAAAGAGCAAAGAGAGUUCAAAAGACAAGAAGUCGACAGUGGAGCUGAGCAAGCAAAAAGGCAACAAACAGGAAACCAGAGAACAGCUAGACUCCAGAGAGCAGCAAACAACUGAGACUGAUUCCAUCCAGAAUGGAGGAGACACUUCAAAGGAACCCUCCUUCAAGAAGACAGAGAAGAGGCAGUCCUUUGGAGGGUUCUUAAAGGGCCUCGGUCCUAAAAGGAUGUCUGAUGCCGAAGUGCAAACAGAUCCCGUGUCUAUCCUACCUGCUGGGAAAUCCAAGUAAUGAAUACACUUGGCUGCUGAAGGAGCAGCAGCUGUCUAUGAGCUCCCAUGCAGUAAAGAUGACUCAUUAUUUUCCUUUAUAUGGCUGUCAUCAAAUAUCUGAGGCUAAAGCAAACACUGUUGUAUCAUUUAAGGUAUAUCAUUUACAGGAUUUGUUGAUUAGAUGCUAGAAAGUAGCUGUAAAGAUUAAACCAAAACUCUGACAAGAAGCAAUGUGUAGUAUUACACUUAAAAGGAGGUUAUGUGGAUGAUUUUAAGUCUAUGGAGGGUAGGGUAUGUAAGGUAAGAAAGUGGUAGUGAAUUAAAUAAAUGGCAGAAAAAGUGCAUGUGACAAAGGAAUGCAGUUUGUGCAGCAAGGCAUGAGAAACAAAUCCUCAGCUAGCGAGCUUUAAAACAGCCCAGGGCAGGGGGGGGAGAGGAAGCUCUUUUGAUAAACUUUAUACUUAAAAGUAAAAACAACCAAGCCACCUUCUAUGGUUUUCAACAGUGCUUAAAUUAGCAAAGUCUACAUUAUAAUAGAAUCAGUGAUUAUAAGGUUAUGCUUCAUAUUGGUUAUUAAUGUAAAAUAAAAAGCUAAAAUGCAAAGGCUUUACAUGAUUGAGACAACUUCUCUCUUGUCUUGGCGAGGUGUGAUAACAAAUUAAAAACUAUUUAAAGUUCUAAUAGGAACACAAGGGGGCACCCACAUCCCCACUGCAGUCCUAACUCCAAGGCCUUGCCUACAAUCUUGUUAUUAAUGUUUUUCAGAUGAUAGGAAAAAACUUAGUUGUUUCAUCAAAUACUUGUUUAUAUCCAUACUUGUAAUUAAUCCUAGUAGAAACCAAAAUCAAGGCUGAUCGGGCCUCUCCCUGCUUUACAAGACUCUUGUAAUAACUAGUUAAUAAAUUUUACAGAAAAUUAAGAUUUCUGUGGUUUGUUCAACCCUGGACUAGCUCAGACAGGGAACCAUGGGCCUUACUCUUUAAUUCACACUAGCAUCUGAAU